AGAAUGGCUUUGACAUGAGCUCACCCUUCUAUUAGACAUCAGAGAACCCACACUGGCAUUUCCCUCCGGGAGUCUCCAGGAAUUCAGGUUCUGCUUGUUCACAUGCCUUGAGAGUGAGUAAGACUCCUCUUCAUCUGUGUGGAGACUAGGAAUCGCAGGUUUCAUUAUUCUGAGUAAUUCCAAAAAUACCCUUCAACAUGCCUGAAAAUCCUGCUGCAGAUAAACAGCAGGUGCUGCAGAUCCUUGAUCGCCUGCAAGCAAAACUGCAGGAGAAAAGAGAUUCCCAACAUCAGGAAAACCUGACUGUUCUGCGUAACACACUCAGGAGCCCUUUGUUUAACCAGAUACUGACCCUCCAGCAGUCCCUCAGGCAACUGAGGGAACAACUCAAUUAUAUGCCCCCUGACCGUUCAGUAGAUUUUGAUUUUACGAGGAGAGGGCUACUGGUGUUUGCUGACAAAUCAGUUGCUGCUGGGAGCACGUAUACACCUUGCAGUUCACCUGAACCCAGAGCAUCUCCCUUUGCUCCAAACCUGGCAGUCAAUGAAUUUAAUGCAAUCAUCCAACAGAUGGCAAAGGGGAGACAAAUAGAAUCAAUAAAGAUUGAAAAGCCUUCUGUUGGAGGUCUUGGAUUUAGUGUGGUUGCCCUUAAAAAUCACAGCUUGGGAGAGGUUGGUAUCUUUGUCAAGGAAGUCCAGCCAGGAAGCAUAGCUGACAGGGAUCAAAGACUAAAGGAAAAUGACCACAUACUGGCCAUUAAUUGCACCCCAUUGGAUCAGAACGUUUCCCAUCAGCACGCUAUUGCCCUCCUCCAGCAAUCCACAGGAUCUCUACAUCUGGUUGUUGCUAGGGAGCCAGUUCAAGGAAACAGCAGAACUUCAGCUGUCUUAAUAAGUGAUAUAAAUCCACCUGAGACUAUUCGCUGGGGCCAUGUUGAAGACGUUGAGCUGAUUAACGAUGGUUCGGGAUUAGGCUUUGGAAUUGUAGGAGGAAAGUCGAGUGGAGUAGUUGUAAGAACAAUUGUUCCUGGGGGAUUAGCAGAUCGGGAUGGGAGGCUCCGGACAGGAGAUCACAUCUUGCAGAUUGGAGGGACCAAUGUCCAAGGAAUGACCAGUGAACAAGUUGCUCAAGUGCUGAGAAACUGUGGGAAUUCUGUUAGGAUGGUUGUUGCAAGAGACCCAAAAUGUGAAAUUAUGGAGGCUCCACCACCACCUGUGGGCUGGCCAGUCAGUACAUUGCCUUCCUUAGAAAAUGAAAAUGAUGACACCAACCUUUUUGAGACCUAUGAUGUUGAACUUGUAAAAAAGAAUGGGCAAAGCCUGGGGAUAACAAUUGUUGGAUAUGCUGGCACAGGUGAACUAGAACCUUCAGGGAUUUUUGUGAAAAAUAUAAUACCUGGUAGUGCUGCUGACCACAAUGGCCAAAUUCAUGUUCAUGACAAAAUUGUUGCUGUUGAUGGAGUCAGUAUACAGGAUUAUAGCAACCAGGAAGUGGUGGAGGCUCUUCGUAACACGGGGCAGACUGUACGCCUUACCCUGCUUAGAAGGAAACCUUCUACUGUUUCUUCAGAAGGACCUUCAGAUAGAGUGCUGCCUACUGUUCCCACCUUUCUUACUCCUGGAGCUGAAAUGAGUGGGGGCACUGAGAAUGAGAAAAACCAAGAAUGGAAGGAUCAUCUUCAAAAUGAAAAGAAGCAAAGUCUACUCAGAUCAGGAAGAGUCCCACUCCCUCCAGCACAUGAGCUGAAAUCCAAAUGGGAAAACCUGCUGGGACCUGAAUAUGGAGUUAUGGUUGUGACUGUGGAUACACCCAUUACAGAUGAUUCAGAGCUCCAGAAGUACUCUAAGCUAUUACCCAUCCACACUUUGAGAUUAGGAUUUGAGCUUGACACAUUUGAUGGACAUCAUUACAUAUCAUCAAUUGCUUCAGAUGGUCCAGCUGCAGCACUUGGUCUUCUGCAACUGGAAGAUGAACUUCUGGAGGUAAAUGGAGUUCAGCUGUAUGGCAGAUCUCGCCGUGAGGCCAUCACUUUCCUCAAGGAAGUGCCCCCCCCCUUCACACUGGUUUGCUGCCGGCGACUUUUUGAUGAUGGCAGUGAGUCUCUUGUGGAUGAACCCACUGUGGGAGUUUCCCCUCCAGAACAAAAGGUGAAACGUGAGGAAGACAUCAAUCCUGAGGAGGAAGAAGGGGAAUUAGCAUUAUGGUCUCCUGUUGUGAAGGUGAUUGAACUGGAGAAAGACAAAAAUGGUUUAGGAUUCAGCAUUUUAGACUAUCAGGAUCCCUUGGACCCCACAAGAACAGCCAUUGUGAUCAGCUCCUUGGUGGCAGGAGGAGUAGCUGAACGUGGGGGUGAGCUUUCACCGGGUGACCGCUUGGUGUUCGUAAAUGAGAAAUGUUUGGACAGUGCAACUUUAGCAGAGGCAGUGGAAGUGUUGAAAUCUGUGCCCCCAGGUACAGUUUCUCUUGGAAUCUGCAAGCCUUUGGUGGGGGAAAACAGAGAGGAGGAGAACAUGCACAGUGUGGAUACCAGCAACAUUAAAACCAGCCCUGAGUCUCCAGAACCAACAGAUAAUAUUAAUUUCUCAAUAAUACUUGAAGCACCACAGGGUUUCAGAGAUGAAACACCUUUUAAAGAAGAACUUGUUGAUGAACCAAUUUUGGGCUUAGGAAGGUCAUUUAAGCUUGCUCAAAAUGACAACAAGUAUGAGAGUGAGUCCUGGGAGAUGCAUGAAUUUCUGAAACCCAGAGUAGAAGAAGUGGAGGACGAACGGGAAAUGUUGGUGGAUGAUGAGUAUGAAGAAGAUUCAGACUUCUUUAGUUAUAAUGCAUCAUGUGGACAGAAGGCAACUUCAGAGAGGGGCCUGGAUACAGAACGAUGGGCAAAGCAGCUUGAGACCAGUGAAAUUCAUGGCUUCAGAUCCAGUGUUACCUUAAGUCCACAACAGUCCCUGGAAUAUCCAUUCAACAAAGAUCAGAUGUGUGAAGAAAAUGCUAGUGUAAGUUCCCUGUCUUCUGGAACAACAGCACACAGUGGCUACCAAAAGGACAUAUUUGAUACUGAAGCUCCCCAGUCAGGAGCAAAAAGCAAGAUGGAUUUAGGUACAAAGCUUCGGUUUGACUCUAAAGGAUGUGAGCUUGCUGUUGAUCUGGAAGCUGCUGAAAAGGAAGAACUAAAAAGAGAGGAUUAUGUUUUUACCAAGAAUGAAGAAUCUGGGAGAGUUACCACCUUAGCUCAGUCAAGAGCAGCAUUAUACAGUGAAUUACCUGAGAGAGAAGAAGGAGAAGGAGAAGAAACUCCAAACUUCAGCCACUGGGGACCACCACGGACUGUUGAGAUCUUUAGAGACCCUCACGUGUCUCUUGGAAUCAGUAUUGUUGGUGGACAGACUGUCAUAAAGCGCCUGAAGAAUGGAGAAGAACUUAAAGGGAUCUUUAUCAAACAAGUUUUGGAAGACAGCCCAGCAGGAAGAACAGGGGCUUUAAAAACUGGAGAUAAAAUACUUGAGGUUUCUGGAGUAGACCUGCAAAACGCCACACACGAGGAAGCAGUGGAAGCUAUCAAGAAUGCAGGAAAUCCUGUCGUGUUUGUGGUUCAGGGUUUGUCUAACAUACCAAAAGUGGUUACUGCUGUACAGCCUAAGGGAGUCAAAGUCAGCAAAGAUCAGGAUGUAGACAAAGAAAAGAAGAGUGAAAAGAUCCUAUCCUUUAUGCGCCGCUACAUGCAUCAUUACAGGAGCUGCCUCUAUUUAUGUGAGAGAAAAUAUGGGGCUCCACCUCCAAUGAAAUUGCCACCACCUUAUAGAGCUCUUGAGAGACUGCAUGCAGAGGAAGCAAACGUGGAUGAAGAGGAGGAUGAGGACACUUGCACAGAGGAGAAAAUCAGGCAGAGAUAUGCAGAUCUACCAGGAGAGUUGCACAUUAUUGAACUGGAAAAAGAUAAAAAUGGGCUGGGACUGAGUCUGGCUGGCAACAAGGACCGCUCUCGGAUGAGCAUCUUUGUCGUUGGCAUCAAUCCAGAUGGACCUGCAGGACGAGAUGGAAGGAUGCACAUUGGUGAUGAACUUCUAGAGAUAAACAAUCAGAUAUUGUAUGGAAGAAGUCAUCAGAAUGCUUCUGCAAUCAUUAAGACUGCCCCAUCAAAAGUCAAGCUGGUUUUCAUACGAAGUGAAGAUGCGGUCAAUCAGAUGGCUGUUACUCCUUCCGCGUUACCUUCCAGCUCCCCCUCUUCUAUUGAGGACCAUGGUGGCACUGAACCUGCAUGCAGCAAAGAAGACCCAAGUUUGGAAGUUGUCAUGAAAAGCUUGGCUGAGGAGGAAUCCAACAAAGCUGAUGUGAAAUGUAAAGCUGAGAAACCACUGCCUGUGGAUCAGCAAGAAGUGGAGGAGCAGCUCCCAGAAAAUGUCCUCAACCAGAUCAAACAACCCAAAACUACAACAAAAGUACCAGUCAACCUCCAGGAGAUACCCUUGGUGCCAGCACCUACUUACCUUUCCCCAGAGGCAGAAGUCACCAGCCGUAGUGUCCUUCCACCUACAUUCCCUGUGGAUCCAGCAACGUGUCCCAUAGUUCCAGGGCAGGAGAUGACCAUAGAGAUAUCCAAGGGUCGGUCAGGUCUGGGCCUCAGCAUCGUUGGGGGGAAGGACACUCCACUGGAUGCCAUAGUGAUCCAUGAAGUUUAUGAAGAAGGAGCAGCAGCCCGAGAUGGCAGGCUUUGGGCUGGCGAUCAGAUUCUGGAGGUGAACGGGAUCGAUCUGCGGAGUGCCAGCCAUGAAGAAGCUAUCACUGCCCUGAGACAGACGCCCCAGAAGGUGCAGCUGGUUGUUUAUAGAGAUGAAGCCCAUUACAAAGAUGAAGAAAACUUGGAGAUUUUCUACGUAGAUAUACAAAAGAAAAUGGGCAGAGGAUUAGGGCUCAGCAUAGCUGGGAAACGAAAUGGAAGUGGAGUGUUUAUCUCUGACAUUGUUAAAGGAGGAGCUGCAGACCUAGAUGGAAGAUUAAUUCAAGGAGAUCAAAUUUUGUCUGUAAAUGGAGAGGAUAUGAGAAAUGCCUCACAAGAGACUGUUGCCACUAUACUUAAGUGUGCCCAAGGCCUGGUGCAUCUUGAGCUUGGGAGAUUGCGAGCUGGAUCGUGGCUGUCAUCAAGGAAAACAUCUGAAAACAAUCAGGUGAGCCAGCAGAGUGUCCAUAGCCACUUCCACCCUGCUCUUGCUCCAGUCCUCUCUACCUUACAGAAUUUUGUCAGCACGAAAAGAUCCUCAGCAGAUGUGGCUCAGAGAAACUCAGCAGGAGGAGAUACGGGCCCAAGGACUGUGGAGAUAAUGAGGGGACCAAAUGAUGCUCUUGGUAUCAGUAUAGCAGGAGGGAAGGGCAGUCCAUUAGGAGAUACUCCCAUCUUCAUUGCUAUGAUCCAAGCCAGCGGGGUGGCUGCACGUACCCAAAGACUCAGAGUUGGAGAUCGGAUUGUCAGUAUUAAUGGGCAACCUUUGGAUGGGCUGUCUCAUGCAGAUGCAGUUAAUCUACUAAAGAAUGCUUAUGGGAGCAUUAUCCUGCAGGUUGUGGCUGAUACCAACAUCAGUGCCAUUGCUACCCAGCUGGAGAGCAUGUCAGCAGGAUCCAACCUGAACUCUUCUGCUGAGCAUCCCUCUGAAGAUCCUGAAGCACCUCAGCCUAAGAUUAUUGCUUUGGAGAAAGGCUCUGAUGGACUGGGAUUUAGUAUUGUAGGGGGGUAUGGAAGUCCCCAUGGAGACCUGCCCAUUUAUGUCAAGACUAUAUUUGCCAAGGGAGCGGCCGCGGACGACGGGAGACUGAAGCGCGGCGACCAGAUCUUAGCGGUGAACGGGGAAGCUUUGGAAGGUGUCACUCACGAGCAAGCUGUAGCCAUCCUGAAGCGCCAGAAAGGAACUGUAACGUUAACGGUGUUGUCGUGAAUGCCAUUGUACUUGCAGAGAUAAAUGUGCCAUCUUUUCAGCCCAUCAGCAGAGCUGUUGUAACACCCUUCAGCCCCGAGCGGGAUGCAGAAGCAAAACCGAAUCGGUGUUCACCCCACUGCCAGGAAGGGUCGUUGAGCAUCUCAAGCUUCAUUUAGCCUCCUGCAUUUAUCAACCUUUCUCCCCACCCUCCCCUGCUUCUGGUAGCUUUUGAGGUUUCUCUGGACAAGUUUAAUUAAGAAACUUCAAAGAACAAUAUCCGUUUUCCUUUAUUUAUACAUCAGUUUAUCCCCGAGUAGCCUGAACCCCAGUUCCAAUUGCUGAACCUGGAAUCAGUUCGCACACAAAAGAGAAUUCAGAUCAUCAACUGAUCUCAUCUGAUGAGCAGAAAUAAAUGCCGAGUGACUUGUCAUCUCACUCAUGAUUUACUUAUGCUAAUUGUCCUUUCAAGUAUGCCAGAAAACAUUAGCAAUGUAAUUAAAUUACCACUGUUCCAAAUGAUGAAAUAUCAAAUUCUCCUCUGGGAAAUUAUUUGUGCUCGGCACAGUAAGGCUGAUAGUCAAAUGUGAACUUCUCAUGUUUAUCUCUUUGGGUAGGUCUAUGCAAGUUAGUCAGAGGUAAUUACUGUGAUGUGUCAAUUUGCAGCCUUUAGCAUGAAAAAUAAACUAGGGGAGAGGGGAAAUUUUUUUUUUUUUAAGGCUUUUAAAAUGUUUGAGCCUUUUCAGAUAUUUAGGCAGCAUGAACAACAACAACAACAACCUAUCUCGUUCUGUUCUAAUUAUAUUUUUAAAGAAGAAGCAACGGGCUGAUGGAUGCCAGGCGUGUUGCACACAAAGGCAGUUGCUGUCGUGCCAAGUUGCAGCAUAAUUGUUCAUCCUGAAACUUUAAUGAAGACAAAAGUUUCCUUCAGCAAACUGAUCCUGCAGUUCCAGGCGUGACGGUGAGCUGUCCCUCUGCACCUUGUCUUCAGGGACAGAUGGAGCCAAUCCAAGCCAGGAAAACGUUUUGCAUUUCCAGGAGUCUCCCCUGGAUGGGGUAGUGCAGGAAGAAGCUUUCAAGGAUGACAGAGGAUGCUUCCCCCUGGGGGCUGCUGGAGUGGAAUUUUGGAUAACACCAAAUAAUACCUGGUGGUGGUGAGGUGAUGGCUGCAGAAGGCUGCUGUGGCAGUUUGAGGUGAUGUCCUCCUGGGAACAGCUGCUGUGCCCACCCUCCCCAGGGCAGAGCUUGUGGAUGGGGGUUCCUCAGCCCUUUGGACCACUCAGUUGAAGCAAUCAACUCUUUGUCUGGUUAAAGCUGAGCCAGGUGGGAGCAUGCUGAAGGUCCUGAGGGAACUUCCCAAGGUCUCUGAGGUGGAGAUGGGAUGCAGAAACAUUCAGCAACUUUGUUACAUGGCACAGCCAUUCCUGCAGUGAUUAUAUGACUGUAGCCUUAGCAACUGAGCAAAUUAAUUAUUGACAGUCCAAGUCAUUGUGGUUUAAUCUCCCAAUCCAGAGGAACAGCAGGGUAUAGAAGAGGCAGCUCGCUCUGAUUUGGACUAUUUGGUGUCAUUUAUAAUGAGGAUGUAGCUGAGAGAAACGGAAGAGGCUGGGGGAACAAAACUGGCUGCUCAUUUUACAUGAAAAAUCCCUGGAAUGAAAUGGAAAGAAGAUUCAAGAUCUGUUGUACAAUACCUGAGCUGCACAGAGUUUGUGAUGAGGCACAGGAACAUGUACUGAAGUGAGAUGGACUACGCUGGAACAAGCCAGCUGUGAGUAGCUCUCAUGGGAAGAGUUUUCCUUAUUGCAUUGAAACAUUUUCCUUAAUUUUAGGUGAUCACAAAGUGCAUUUAGUCUGACGGAACCAUUAGUGGGUGUUCGGUCCAUAGUGCCUGCAAGAGACUUCACAUUUUCCAUGGAUUCCUUCUCUCCUAUUUUGCUUUGCUCAAGUGGAGUAUUAGAGAUCAUAAACACACAGAAAUAAAUCCAGAUGUAGCAAACUGGAGAGUUCUUAACAAACUGCCUUUGGUUGCAAAGGUACCCGGGUAUGCAGAAGUUAAAGGCAGGUGGGUGAAACGUGGAGAGGUGCCCUCAGAACUAGUGUAGGGAAUUUGGGAUCAAAACAUAAGGAUUCCUCUGCCAGAUCAUGUUUUUAGCACCGCUGCAUUCCUACCUAAAGAUGUUGCUACAUAUAAUCUAUGAAGUUUCCCAGGGCUAUUUAUUUAUUAGCCUGUUCUGCACAUACCUGUUUCAUACACAUAAAGAGUAGAAUUUAUGGACUGAGAUAUUUUGCACUUGUGAUUGCUCAGAAUGAGAGAGAACAUUAUCUGCUUCUUGUAAUUUGCACUUUGCCUGUUGAGUAUAUUACUGCCAAAAAUUAUAUUGCAACUAAUUGAUAAUCCAGGAACCCUGUGGAGAGACGUGUGCUCUAUGGACAGGACCAAGGCAGAGAAUUAAAUUUGCAUUACUCUUGUCUGGGCUGAGGUGUUCUGGUUUGUUUAAAACUUUAUUUCUGUGCAAGGGAAAAGGCAAUUAGACCUCCUGAUUGUAUGUUUACGUAGAUCAGUAAAAUGAGACAUUUUAUGACUUCAAAGAUUCUAAAUAAAGCUCCAUUAUGUAA